ACCAAACCCAAAAUUUAACAGUCACGUAAUCAGCACAUUGAACUCUCAACUUCAUCUCUCGACGUCAACUCUCUUCGAUUUUUUCUGGUCUUACGCACACAAGUUUUCAUGGCCCCGGAAAUAGUGGCUGCGGGGACAAUGACGGCUGAUUUGGCCAAGCCGGCGGUGUUGCCGAGCAGAGCUUACGUCACUUUCUUGGCCGGCGACGGAGAUUACGUAAAGGGUGUCGUCGGCCUCGCCAAGGGCCUGCGGAAGGUGAAAUCCCUUUACCCACUCGUGGUGGCGGUGCUGCCCGACGUGCCGGCGGAGCACCGCCGCGUGCUGGAAGAACAGGGCUGCAUCGUCCGGGAGAUCGAGCCCGUAUACCCGCCGGAGAAUCAGACGCAGUUCGCGAUGGCGUAUUACGUCAUCAAUUACUCCAAACUCCGCAUUUGGGAGUUUGUGGAGUAUAGCAAGAUGAUAUACCUGGACGGUGAUAUUCAAGUGUAUGAUAACAUUGAUCACCUGUUUGAUUUGGAGGAUGGACAUUUGUAUGCCGUUAUGGAUUGUUUCUGUGAAAAAACAUGGAGCCACACUCCUCAGUACAAGAUCGGCUACUGCCAGCAAUGUCCGGACAAGGUGAAGUGGCCGGAAAAUCUGGGCCAGCCGCCGGCUCUUUACUUCAAUGCCGGCAUGUUCGUAUUCGAGCCGAGCCUCUUGACAUAUGAGAAUCUCAUGAGCACACUCAGGAUAACUCGACCUACUCCGUUUGCAGAGCAGGAUUUCUUGAAUAUGUUCUUCAGGGACAUUUACAAGCCAAUUCCAAACAUCUACAAUCUUGUUCUUGCCAUGUUAUGGCGCCACCCGGAGAAUGUCGAGCUCAAUCAAGUGAAAGUUGUUCAUUAUUGUGCGGCGGGUUCUAAGCCAUGGAGGUACACUGGGAAGGAGGAGAACAUGCAAAGAUCAGAUAUUAAGAUGCUGGUGAAGAAGUGGUGGGAAAUUUUCAAUGAUGAGUCUUUGAACUAUAAGAAAUCGGUGGCUCAGAAUGAGGGAGCUCUCGAGCCAGGAGUUUUGCAGCCAUUGAUUGUGGCGGCCAUGAAUGAGGCUAAUGCGACUGGAAGGAAUUCUUAUCCCUUCUCCCCAUCACAUUCCCUGUCUCCUUCCUCCCCUAAUCCAACGGCCCCAGAUGGAUCUCAGCCCGAGGUGCAUCCAAACGAAAUUGUUUCAUACUUCAGAGAAUGGUUCGUGUCCCGAAAGAAACCCUUCUUCGACACCGUCUUCGAGAUCCUCCGCACCCAGGAGGAGUCCGCUGCCGACUCAGCCCUUUCCCGAUUGUAUCUCAGGCUAUCGGAAAUCCUAAUUCUCGAUGUGUUGGAUUACGGCAAGAAGAACGUCCUCUCCUGCUUGAAAUUCUUCGAUUGGGCCGGCCGGCAGCCGGGCUUCCACCACACGAGAACCACGUUCGAUGCCAUUUUCCUGAUUAUAUCCAAAGCCAAGAUGAUGAACUUGAUGCUGCAGUUUCUGCAGAACUAUAUGAAGCAGAGGUAUUUUCACAAGAUCAGGCAUUACAACAUACUGGUGAUGGGUUAUGCCGUGGUAGGUAAACCCGAGAUUGCACUCCAGGUGUAUGGCGAAAUGCGGUUCCUAGGCGUGGACCUUGACGAGCUAGCUUACCAUGUGCUCCUGAACUCUUUCAUCGAUCAUUGGUUAUUUUGA